CCCAGAUCCUCCGCCAUGCCCGUGCUCGCUCUGUGCCUGCUGUGGACCCUGGCAACGGUGGCACGGCCUGUCCUAGCAGCCCCUGUGGGUGGCCCUGAGCCAGCGCCACAUGAGGAGCUGACCCUGCUCUUUCAUGGUGCUCUGCAGCUGGGCCAGGCCCUCAACGGUGUGUACAGGACCACGGAGGCCCGGCUGACGGAGGCUGGACGCAGCCUGGGCCUCUAUGGCCAAGCACUGGGGCUCCUGGGGCAGGAGGUCAGCCGGGGCCGGGCUGCGGCCCAGGAGCUGCACACAGGCCUCUUGGAGAUACAGACAGAGGAGAACGCCCUGCAGCUGCUGGCGGAGGCCAUGGCGCAGGCGCUGGGGGAGGAAGCCCAGAGACAGCAGGUGCUGCGGGACAGACUGCAGCAGCUAGAAGUCCGGUUGCGGGGUGCCUGGCUGGGCCAUGCACACCAUGAAUUUGAGGCCUUAAAGGCCCAUGCUGACAAGCAGAGUUACAUCGUAUGGAUCCUCACGGGCCACGUGCAGCGACAGAGGCAGGAGAUGGUGGCACUGCAGCAAAGGCUUCGACAGAUCCAGAAGCGGUGAGCCUGGCGGGGGCUUCCUGGCGGGGGCUGGGCAUGCAGGGCAGCUGGACGGGCCACUUCAC